UCCAACGGUAGACACACAAUGCUCGUUAAUAGGCUCCAGAUGCCUUUACAGAAAACGCACGUCCGCUGGCUGUGUGGAUUGCCUUCUCUCUUUUGAGUCGCACAGGUACAAACUGAUCUUUCUGCUAUCGAAAAAAAGGCCAAGAUUAUGGGGUUGUAUCAGAUUUCAGAACACGUGGAAAGCUUAUUUGCGAGGCUGGCGACUGCGCGCCCGUCCUCCCUGUGAUGGAGGAGCGCGGCGGUGGUGCAUCGGUGGAAUUGUGUGAAAGGUGCAGAGGAGAUAAUCAAUGAAGACACCGAGGGCUCCCGUGCGUUUGGGCAAGGUCAGAGUCUAGCCUGGAUGAGAUUAUGUCCAUGUGGAGACAGCAAGGACGGACUUUUACGCUUCCUCUCGGGGGACGAGGUCGCCUGGGGAUGUCCCCUGAAAACCAAGAGUUUCUCUCUGCGCGUUGGAUUGCAGAGGCAGCGAAAAUCCCUCCAUCUGCAUGAUCAUGGUUGAGCUUCAUUUUUAGACAAUCUCUCCAAGCUGCGCGGUUUCUUUCUUUUCACCUCCAGCCGGGAGAUAAAGUUUCUUCUCUCUGCUCGACGGCUGGAUGAUUUAUUCGGUCACUGAUUCCUUUUAAUUGCGCACAGUUGAACCCGGUUAAGGUGAUUUAGAGGCUGCUGGUUAAAGGGGCAGCGGUGGAUUGAAUUCCAUUAGAGCAGCAAACCAAACAGCGGCCAGCCAGCUGUGUUUUCUGGACGGUCACAUCUGUCGUUGUUGUCGUCGCUGUCCAUGGUGCUGAACUCGUGCUCCAGGAAUGGUGGAGACGCUGAGUAUCGCAGUCAUCGGUGCUCCCGGAGUGGGGAAAACUUCUAUAAUCCGCCAGUUCAUCUAUAACGACUUCUCGGAGGUGUACACGCCGACCAGGACCAGAUAUGUGUACAGACCCUCCGUCAUACUGAACGGGAACAUGUAUGAGCUGAAGAUUUUGGACGUCCCGCCAAUCUCCUCUUUUCCAUCAAGCUCCAGCCAGGAGUGGCUGGAUCUACGCUGCAGAGGUGUUCGCAAUGCCAACGCCUACAUCCUGGUUUAUGACAUCUGCUGCGUGGAGAGCUUUGAAUAUGUCAAAAUGAUCCGACAGCAGAUAGUGGAGCACAGGGAGGGCAGCAGCAGUGAGGUACCAAUCCUGGUGGUGGGCAACAAGAGAGAUCUGCAGCGGCAGCGCUUCAUGCCUCGCAGGGCAGUGUCUGUCCUGGUGAAGAAGACCUGGAAGUGUGGUUACGUGGAGUGCUCUGCCAAAUUUAACUGGCAUGUUGUCCUGCUCUUCAAAGAGCUGCUGGGCAUUGCUGUGGCCCGGGGCAUGCGCCAGAACCACACCUCCAUCCGUCUGCAGGGGGCGCUACAGAGGAAUCGCUGCACCAUCAUGUGACCCUGAGAGUUCCCUCCACCCCUCUUACCUCAGGAGUGGAGUGGCAGAGGAGAAAAGGACUUUUUAUCUAAAUGGCUGGAAAAAUACCCUGUGGCCUCCUGCUUUACUGAGCUGAUUUUUCAUAAUGAGGUUUAUUAGACUCUUGCACUGUAAAAGACACUAAAGUUUCACACAUGGUCAUCCAACCACUUCCUAGUCAAAUUCUGCCAGAUGUGUAGAUGCAAGGAAGGAAGUAUGAGAGGAGGCAGGUGAAAAUGAAUACGAUUAGCAUAGCACAGUUAUUUUUCUCGUGUUAGCUAGACAUUUGAGGCUGUGCUUCCCGAAAUUACACAGCAGCAGGUCUUGUUGAGGAUUGUCUUGUGGCUGUAGCUGGGCCUGAAAGGAUGGAUGCUGUGUUUGUAAGACUCAAAAUGGAGAGGCAGCAAUAUCAUCGAGUCUUCCUUUGAAUUUGUCAUAUUUAGUAAGGUCAACAGCUGACAUAUUUGGCCUUUGGCAUAUUUAGAUUUAUUUGAAGGCAAUGGUGAACAAGACAGAACAGAUAAAGAGCAAAAAAUAUUAAUUUCUGGAGAGAUUAUCUGGACAUGUACAGGUACAGUUAGAUGGCAUUUAAUUUUAGAUUGUGUGGUACAGUAGCCUACAUUUUUUUCUUUUCAUGUCCCUGUUACAAACUUUGCCUAGGGUAAAAGCUGUUUGCUCAGAUGAAGGUUGUUUUAAGGUUGUCUUGCAGCAGAAAAUACUGCAGUCCCUUAUCAUGUUGUACUGUAGGACUUUAAUCUGCUCCCUCCCCUCACUCAGUGUCUGUUUCUGAUGAAUACAUUAAAUCCAGGGAACUGGGGACCGGCAGGAGGCUGCGGAGCCUGAAACGAGAACAUGUACUGUACAUGCACUGUGGAUGUGUGGGCGUCUGUGUGUGUCUGAGUGUGCAAGUGGGGGAGAGGGAGACAGAGAGGGGCAGGUUUGAUAGCUGACAUUCAGACAAGCAAAGGACAGACACAGCAAAAUAAGAGACAGAUGUUGAAGCUUUGGAUUAGGAAGGAGCAAUAAAAUCCCACAGGGAUGUCCUGACUGACUAUAUGUACAACCAUAUAAUAUUCAAAAAGCCUCACACACAGUAGAUGUAAUCCACUCAUGCUCAGAUAUCCUGCAGAAAUAAGGAAGUAGAACUCAAUGGCUUCCACAAAACACCCCAUGAGUGCAACACAGACACACAGGGAACCUUAAUAAAGCUUUCAUAUCAGUAUCUGAAUAGUAUCUAAUUGGUAAUGUUGUGAGAUUAAUAUUUGCUUUUUCAUUUGAUUAGGCCUAGCUAGGUACUUUGUGAAUAUGGCUGCAUUGAAAGUUAGCAGACCUAUUGUAUAUAAGAGUAAUUGACUUGCAUGCUUUUGUUGGUAGAGCCAACGGGUCAGGGUUUAAUUGCACUGAUGUGAAAAUGUGAUAUUGUGUUUAUUUUUUUGUAAUACAUGGUUUUCAGACACUGUAAUGAACAGCUGAGUGGAGUGAAUGUGGUCGUUUUUCACUGACAUGUGAGAGCACAAGCUCAUGAUCCUCUCCAAGACGUAGUGUUGAACCCUUCAAUCAGGGCAGAUGGCUGUGUUAGUUUUUUGUUUGUUUGUUUUUCUAGUUAAAUUUAAAAAAAAACAAAGAAAUAAUGAAAAAAGGAAAUAUGUAGCAGAGAUACACUAGAAAGCAACUGUGUGUAGCAUGGGUUCUCAUCAGUUUGUUUGUGUGCGUGUUUCCAAAUAAAAAGGGCUACAGUUUUUUAUCAGAAAUAUUACUUGUAUUUAUUUUUACUGUGUUAGUACUGUGAGUAUUUUUUUUCUUGACACAUGAUGAAUUAUUAAAUGCAUUUGAGA